AUGCCCGUUAACCGGAAUGAGCGCGUACUUGGAAUGAUCCUUCGCUGCAUCCUCCUCCCCAACCCCCCAUCAGAAGAAUCAUCUCAAGCGUUGGUCCAGCUCUCGCCCAAGGAGCCACAGCAGGGAACCUCAGAGCUGAGCAGAAGCAGCCAGGAGGGGGAGAAGCCCAUAGUUAACUUGGAGACCACACCCAAGGAGAAAAGAGCAGAGUUGAAUUCAGCCCCGAAGCCUGAGCGCGCCGGGAAACUGGCAAAGCAAGCCGCUGAGGGCAAACCAAGGCCCAGACCCGGAGACCUGAUUGAGAUUUUUCGAAUCGGCUACGAGCACUGGGCCAUCUACGUGGAAGACGACUGCGUGGUGCAUCUGGCUGCCCCGAGUGAGGAAUUCGAGGUGGGCAGCAUCACUUCUGUCUUCAGCAACCGCGCGGUGGUGAAGUACAGCCGUCUGGAGGACGUGCUCCACGGCUGCUCCUGGAAGAUCAACAACAAGCUGGACGGGACGUACCUGCCCCUGCCCGUGGACCAGAUCCUCCAGCGCACGAGAAAGAUGAUCAACAAGAUCGUGCAGUACAGCCUGAUCGAAGGGAACUGUGAGCACUUUGUCAAUGACCUCAGAUACGGCGUGCCCCGGAGCCAGCAGGUGGAGCACGCACUGAUGGAAGGCGCGAAGGCUGCGGGAGCAGUCAUCUCAGCCGUGGUGGAGAGCAUCAGGCCCAAGCCCAUAACGGCCUGA